CCUCUCUCUUCUCUACCUCUCGUCUCGUAUGUAUAGCGAUGGUACCAACCAACUGAUAUGCACACUAUGGACACACAAUACGAUAGAUACGCCCUGUGUGGCGUAUCGAUCGAUCGGGCUCUCUCCCUCUGUCUGCUGCCACGCUACCCACCCGCCCUGCGAUUGUUGGGACCGGUGGUUUUGGCGUUGAACGCCUCGGCCUUCUGCACAUCCUCGUUGUGCCCCAGCCACUCCACGAUGGCCUUGUUCACCUCGUCAGGACGCUGAACACACACCACAACACUCACACACAACAGAUGUGAUGUGGCAUCCAGUGUGGCCUUAUAUCAUCCGGCGCGCCUUCACCUCACCUCGUCCAUGGGGCAGUGUCCCGUUCCAUCGAGCACUUGCAGCUCCACACGAGGGUUGUACCGUGGGAAUGACGUCCCGGGAUGCCGCCCACGGUCCAGCGGUGUCCACGGGUCGUCUCUGCCCCAAAGGGCCAGGAUGGGCACGUCCAGGUCCUUGAGGACCUCCUCAGGCGUCGGGCCGGCCGGGCCUCGCAGGAUGCGUAGGAAGACGCUGACGGCGUUCUCGUCGCGGGACGGGCCGAGGAGGGUCUCCAUGAGCUCUGGUGUGACGGCCUCCUUGACGGCAUACACCUGGCUGAGCGUUUGCUUGAGGUUCGUGGGGUCGCGGACCUGCACACACACACGGACGGUACACACGGACGGGAAGAGAUGAGUGGAAUGGCACGUGAUGUGUGGUGUGAUGCAUUCAUUGUCUGUCUGUCUGUCUGUCUGUCUGUCUGUCGGUUGCCCUUCCUCCAUCCCUCUCCCCAGCCCACCCGAUCGAAUAGCCGUGGUCCCAGCCAGUCGCUGAAUAGUAUGUUCUGCACUAAGAACCACAGCGGCCGACCCCACAGUGGCAAAUCCUCAUAGCGCACUGUCGUCAGACCACCCGCACUGUUGAGCACUGCAGUUCACCCACACACACGAUGGAUGACAACACGUGGUGUGACACAGAUGCAUAGGCACACCAUGAGGAGCAUAGCACACGCGUGUGAGCUCACGUACAUAUGACGGCAGCGCAGUCGUCCUUGAGUGUCUGGGCGGUCAUCAUUGAGAUGAGGCCGCCGAUGGAGUUGCCGCCGACAACCCACUUCUCGCCCGGGAAGCGGCUCUUGUCCCGUAUGAAGUCCACCAGCAGCUCAGAGAAGAGCUCCAGCGUGUAGCUCAGCGACGGCUUGUCAGACGCACCAAAGCCUGAUGGAUGGCACACACACCACCACACACAGCACACCAACCAUACACGGACACAGCUCCUGGAUGGUGCAGUGCAGUGCUGUGGUGUGCUGACCGAGUAGGUCGAUGGCAUACACCCGAUAGCCCGCCGCAGCGAGGGCAUCGAUGUUGUAGAGAAAGUGGUUGACAUUGGCGCCAAACCCAUGGAUCAGCAGGAGGGGCGUCCCCCUGUCGUCCCCCUCCACCCUGUAAUUCACCUUGUAGUCACGCCACCGCCAUGCAUGGUACUUGCGCUGCGGGAAGGACGCCGGGUCCUCUGACAGGUUCUUCUCUCGCCGCGGCAAGAAGACCGUCUGGCCUUUCACUCGCGCCUCCACGCCGCUGGUGAGUGCCGGAGUGACGGCUGCGAGGGGGAUAGAGCUGGUCUUGGACGUCAUGUACGGCCGCACCAGGACGGUCUCGUGGUGUGGCGGGGCGGCCAGGUCGAUGUGUGAAUGCGAUCUGAGGACGAAUGCGCUGGCGACGGUGUGGUGAAAGAGAGACGAUAACAGGGGGGACGAGUCCUUGAGGGUGGGGACGAGAAGCAGCGUGCAGAUGAGGGGGAGAGCUACGGAGGUGCAGACGAGCAGGUGGUGCAGGUGGCUGAAGCUCCGCAUGGCCGAGAAUGGGCUGUCAGGGGCACGUGGCACGUGAUGCUGACAGGCAGCCCAAUGCGAUGAGACUCGCGAGAGGUCGGGGAGAUGGUGCAGCCGGGAGGAUGACUAAAAUGCAUAAAGCAUUCAAACCGCCUCCAGUGCUGCCCUCAGCCCGUUGCAGCUCCCCCUGCUUCUUCCCCU